GGGCCUGGCGGAGCCAUGGCGGCCGUGCGGGGCCUGCGGAUCUCGGUGAAGGCGGAGGCGACCGCGACCACGGCGGAGCCGCGCGGCCCCGAGCCCGAGCCCAUGGAGGUGGAAGAGGGCGAGCUGGAGACCAUCCCUGUGAGGCGCUCGCUGCGGGAGCUCAUCCCGGACACCAGUAGGAGAUAUGAGAACAAAGCUGGAAGUUUCAUUACUGGAAUAGAUGUAACCUCCAAGGAAGCAAUUGAGAAGAAGGAACAAAGAGCCAAACGCUUUCAUUUUCGGGCCGAGGUGAAUCUCGCCCAGAGGAAUGUGGCCCUGGAUCGGGACAUGAUGAAGAAAGCAAUUCCUAAAGUAAGACUGGACACCAUUUACAUUUGUGGAGUGGAUGAGAUGAGUACCCAGGACAUCUUUGCCUAUUUCAAAGAGUAUCCUCCUGCUCAUAUUGAGUGGCUGGAUGACACCUCAUGUAAUGUGGUCUGGCUUGAUGAAGUGACAGCAACACGGGCUCUAAUAAAUAUGAGCUCCCUGCCUGAUCAGGAGAAAGCAAAGAGCAGAGAAAACAAUGAAGAGAAGACAGCUGAAAAAACCAAGAAAGAAAAACAGGAGGAAAGCUCUGAUGAUGAGACAGAAGAAGGCGAGGUUGAGGAUGACAAUCCCAGUGAUGUGGAGUUGGAUGCCCUCUCCCAAGUAGAAGAGGAUUCUCUCCUGCGUAAUGACCUUCGCCCUGCCAAUAAACUGGCUAAAGGAAACAAGCUAUUCAUGAGGUUUGCUACCAAAGAUGACAAAAAGGAGCUGGGAGCUGCAAGGAGAAGCCAGUAUUACAUGAAAUAUGGCAAUCCAAAUUAUGGAGGCAUGAAAGGAAUUCUUAGCAAUUCUUGGAAAAGAAGGUACCAUUCCCGUCGAAUCCAUCGGGAUGUGAUCAAGAAGAGGACACUGAUUGGGGACGAUGUUGGCCUGACUCCUCCCUAUAAACAUCGGCAUUCAGGCUUGGUAAAUGUUCCUGAAGAGCCCAUUGAGGAGGAAGAGGAGGAGGAGGAAGAUCAGGAUAUGGAUGAAGAUGACCGAGUGGUGGUGGAGUACCGGGAUGAGCUGCAGGCUUUCAAGCAGUCCCGGGAGCGCAGUGCCGCAAGGAGAUCCAGUGCCAGCACCUCUGACUCUGAUGAGAUGGACUAUGACCUGGAACUGAAAAUGAUAUCCACCCCCUCGCCCAAAAAAAGCAUGAAGAUGACCAUGUAUGCAGAUGAGGUGGAGUCACAGCUGAAAAAUAUUAGGAAUUCCAUGCGAGCAGAUAGCAUAGCCACCAGCAACAUCAAAAACAGGAUUGGCAGCAAAGGAUCCUUGGAGAAAGUUGCAGAUGUGAGGCUUUUGUUGGAAGAGAAACGUCAGAAUAGCACUGGGCCACGGCAGCCAAACAGCACUGUCAAAUCAGAUGUGAGGCAAAGACUGGGAAAAAGGCCACACUCUCCAGAAAUCAAACCUCCAAGCAGUACCUGUGCUCCUCGUCGCGAACCAAUCUCAGAUGUGCACAGCAGGCUGGGAAUCCCCAAGCAAGAUGUAAAAGGCCUCUACUCUGACACCAGAGAGAAGAAAUCAGGUAAUUUAUGGACCAGAUUGGGAUCUGCUCCAAAGACACAGGAAAAGACUCCAGAGAAACCUGAAAACUCUGUGGCAUCUCCAGAGGAAGAUGACUCAGAGCUGCAGAGGGUUUGGGGGGCUCUCAUUAAGGAAAAAGAACAGUCCAGGCAAAAAAAGAGUCGCUUGGAUCAUUUACCCUCCCUACAAAUCGAGAUCAGCCGGGAAAGCAGCUCUGGCUCAGACUCUGAAUCAUGACUGGUUUCACAGCCUGAUGCUCAAGGGGUGACUCUGCAGCGUGGCAGGAUUCCCUUUGCCCAAAAGCUGGACACUGGCAAAGACUCUGCAGUGAAAGUUCCAGAAGUGUCUCUGUUCCUUUUCUACAAAAAGAGAGGCAUUAACCACUUGAAACAUAAAGCAAUGACAUUUGUCUGGAGUCUGUGGCUGGCCCUGUGCUGUGCAGGGCAUUGUCAUCUAUGUUUAUGACAGCAAACCUGUAGUGAAUUGUAGCAAAACAUUUUCACCCCCGAGCUUUGAACUUAAAAGAUGAGGCAGAAAUGCUCUGUAUUUUUAAGGAGACCUUUUCUGUUCUUAGUAUUUUCAUCAUGGAGGCUUUUAACAAAAUGUUUUACACACUUCAUCCAAAGAACAGGGCAUUUCAUGAUCCAGAUCAUUGCCUUGCCCUUCUGGCUCUUACCAGCACUUUUCCUUUCCUCUUGAAGUAAUAACAAUAAAGCUUCCUGGGUGGGCAGCCAGCAAGGAUAAAGCAUGAAGGGAUUGAUUACCACAUUCCCUUCCUCCAACACACUGAAUGUAAAUCCAAGUUACACAUUUUAAUACAGUUCAAUUCCAUAUAGUUACCCCAGUGGCACCACCAGAAUCCAAGGAAUCCACUCAUUUAUUUUGGUGAUGCCACAUUCUGCUGUAGCAGGGAUUGAGAUGUUCAAGACUGCCAAGUUGGAUGUUUGAGAACUCUGUAAAUCCCUGAGGGUUUGCGGGUUUUUUUUGCUGUUGUUCCAUGAGGAGAGAUUAUAUUCCUUUCAUUCCACCUGGAUUAUGUUCUGAAGCAAUCCAACAGCUGGAAAGCAUUUUUAUAUUUGUGAGAAUCUUCCUGUUGGCCACGGUGAAAGCUCUAGUGGUGUUCUCCUCUGUGCUGUUGUUACCUAUCUAUAUAUAAGUGAAAGAGAAAAGGAAAACUUUAGGAUCACUGUCUCCUGUCAAUAUUUUGGAUGUUCUUCCUGUGUAGUGGAUGUGGACAUGGGUGACUUGUUACAUUCAGCUUUUUUACCUGCACAUUUUCACCCCUCCCUAGGUAGUAAAAGGGUUUGAUCAGUGUGCAACUGCUAUUUUUUUUUCAUGUUGCCUGUGGCAUUUCUUUUGGUUGCCAGUAAUUCUGAGUGAGGAAUAAUGCAGCACAUUACAUUCAGGUAAACAACAGGUAGCAAAACCAUUUUAACAGUCUGAAAUUUGUUUGCAUUGUCCCUGUUCCUUGGUUCUGUCAGUCCAAAAUGUUUAUGAACCUCUCUUUCCAUUUCUGCUUUUUAACAAGCAAAUGUUUCCUUUUUUUUUUGCCCCCCCCCCCCCCCCCCCCCCCCCCUUUUUGUACUAAGUUGAAAUAGGUUUGAGGUUUCAGCAAGGAAUCUGCACUUAACUUUUCUUACUGCUUUAUGAUGUGUGAGAAUAGCAGCAUGUAAAAUGAAAGGUCAAAUGACAGGCACAGUGACUGGAGGGGCAAUCUGGGGGCUGACCAGGCUUCAAGCCUUACUAUUUCCUUGUUUUGUGACAUUCAUCCUUGAUUUUCUAUUUAAUUAUUGAAUAUAUAAAUGUCUCAUAAAAGUACUGUUGAGAGAAACGACUGCAAUGUCUGAUCACUGUAAUAACUCAUUUUAAACGUGUGCUUUCAUUAAUAUCCCCUCCCCAAGCUUUCCCAGAGAAUCACACCCAUACCACACCCAUCUCUCCAGAUCCUGAUAAAAUUUAUUUAACCAGUGUCUUUUUGCCAGUAAACCUUUGUGUUAUGUUACUGCUUUGAAUCCAUUGUGACCUUUCCUUUUCCUGAAAGGAUUUGGUAGAUGGGAAUCAAUCACCUCAUCCACAAAAGCUCCUGGAUUAUUGGGGACCCUUGCAUGGUGUUUCCAGUCAAUAUUCCUAAUUUAAGCCUGGUGAAGGAUAAACUAAUGGGAAUAGAGGAUCUCUUCAACUGAUCUAAAAGAUCUGAGCUGAUGGAUGUGUGAAAUCAAUCCUGUGUUUCAGGAAAAGGCACCCGUAACUCUGGUUCUGCCUUCCAGGUUGUCAUGAAUACGCCUUAAAAAUGCCCCCACACUGGUCAGGGCUGUGGUUUUUGUGGAUUUGGGGGGGAUUAUGUGUGAUAGUGAGCCCACAGUAGCUUAGCUGCAAGAAAAAUAGAGGUUUAUUGUUGAAGGGACCUUCGGGGAGAGGGUUUUGUAAUUGAGUGUUUGUCUGGUUUUGCUUUUUUAUGAUGCACAGAGAAGCCUUGAAGAGUGCUGGUAUCAGGAAUUCUUUCCAGCUUUGGGCUUCUGUAGUUACCUGAGCAAGAACUGCUGGGAUUUGGUAGUUAAAAAUGAGCACUGAAUUUUAAGUGAAUGCUUUUUCCUCAGCAUUUUAACUCCCAUCUAUUUGAUGGAGACAUUGCAAAGAGAAUUUUGUUCCAAGUCCCCAUCUCUUUGUGCUCAGCUGUUUAGUCCUUAGCUUGUGUGUUCUUGAUUUUUUUACUGACCUCCCAGAUACCAUCACCUACAAGAAUUUGAUGCAGAAAUUAAUGUUUGAUAGGGAGACACAGGACCCGUGUAUUUCACUGAAAUGUGUUUAUGUUAAAAAUUGCAAGGAGAAUGUUGGCUUUGGCUCUUGCUGGAGGAUGUGUGCCUCGGAGGAAAAACUGAAUUUUAGGUGACUUGUUGAAGGACCACACUAGUCCUUCUUGUAGGAAGUUUUUGCUGUUUGGAAAAGGUGUAUUUUUGAUAAAUAGUUCUUCAGGCUGACUAAACACGUGGUGUUGAGGGGGCGAUUUUAAAGCAGAGGUGGCUUUGUGUUUCUUUUGAAAACAACGGCUGGUGCAUUUAACAGAGAAAAGGAAACCAAAACACCCCUAUUUUCAGUUCAAGAUGACACAAUGUGAAAAGAAUGGAACUUUUAUUUAAAAACAGCUGUUCUGUUCUAAAUAAAAGUGGCCUGAAAUCA